CGCGGCAACCAGCGUGACCGCGAUCGUGAGCGCGCGGCGGCGCGGAAGCCCAACGGCAAGGGGCCCCAGGACGGGCUCACCCCGGAGCAGCGCCGUGAGAGGGACAAGAAAGCGCUGGAGGAGAAGGCGGCGAAGAAGGCGCAGCAGGCAGCGGCCGGCGGCACCGGGACCUCCACGGACAACAAGAAUAAGGCAGGUGGCAAGAAGUAGGCCGCAGCGGCGAGCGGCGCCACCUCUGUACGAUUAUCGAUCCAUGCCUUUAGCUUGUAACCUGUUCGCAUCCUCGUAGAUGCGAUGCUUGUUGGGUCAUAAACUCGUUUUCUGUUACUCUGAUAUCAAAAUUUGGUGAUGAGAAUAAUACGUGGUGUUCUGGUUUUGUGGGUUAUUAUUUUCUUCUCUUUCUAUCGUUUUCUGUUCUGUUCCUUGAGUGGCCAGCCAGUCGAUGGAUGGGAAUCCUCUAGUUUAGAGAGUUUAGAGGAUGAACUAGGGUGUGAAGGAGCUUUUGCUUGCUAUUGUGAACAACUGGGAUAUGAUAGCUUUUGAAAUUGGAAAUUAGAUU